AUGUGGGGAGCAACGCUAGCAGACUUCUACCGUGUCGCGGCAUUGGACAAAGCACCCACUGUACAAUCGGAUUCAUGGCCACCCUCUCCCAACACGUCAAAUAAUGAACCGUGUCAAGGCCCCAGGAGAUGCGAAAUAUUGGUGCCAUCUAGGGUGGUCACGUCCAGCAUACUUCGCGCGCGGUACUCGCCGGUGAUCAGAACCGACGUACGGCACGAGCGUUUGAGGCGGAUUCUGUGUAUUGCGGAGACGGAGGAAGAGGGCCCGGAGAUUGUCCCGGCGUAUAGCGUUGCAAAGCUCUUGCGGGCUGGUGAAGCGUGGACUGCGCAGAGUGUGCCGGGCGGGGCGUCGUGGGCCAAGAGGACCUUUGAUGAUUUUAACGAUAGUGGAUUUGAAGAAGGCGAACGGGACAGGAAGAGGCCGAGAGCGUCCUGGGAGGUAGAUGAACAGUGGCCUCCAGAGUCCGUGUUCAGUCCGCGUGCGUUCCCGCAUCCAUGGCCACUCGAGCCUUUCAAGGAGCACUCCAGGCAACCCGAAUACGACCUCACAAGCUGGGUGCACGUGCCAACGCUGCAGCAGUAUAUACCGCAGCACCUGCUCCCUGCAAAGCUCAUCGUGCAUGACCCGUGGGAGGUGCUCUCUGGUAUGCCCUGCACCACAGACGACCAGUUCACCGUGCCGUUCGUGCAGAAGGACGACAUUGUGCGCGUGUUUAAUCUCAGCCUCGACCGCCGCCCGCGGUACGACAGCGAUCUGGACGAGGAGAAAGAGGAGUUGGACAUGGAGGAGGCGCGCCGCGCCGAGUUCCUCGCGUGCCCGAGGUCGGGGAUGCCGAUGCCUGCGGGGAUGUUCUAUGAGCCUCGGCGGUUCGUAGAGGAUGAGGGUGAUGGGACUGGGCCUGCGAAGCCGCCGGUGUACGUUGUGUUCCCUACGCGGCCACAGAAAGUCGCCCCGAAGGAUGCGCAUUUGUAUCUCGCGCCUUCGGAGAAGAUGGGUUCGGGCCACCAUUCGUAUGUGUACCGCGCCGAGCUUGAGGUUCCGCGCUCGAUGCUGGUUGAAGAUGUGAUUUGCGAGGAUUGUGUGCGUGAAGACGUGAAACGCAUUUUAGAAGAGGAGGAUGGGAGAGAUGGGGAGAAAAGAGACCCGAAGUGGGAUGAUCAGACUGCUGGUAGGUAUGUAUUGAAGGUGAAAGAUGCGAAGCGGAGGGAGGUGAUGUUUGGAUCUGAGGAUGCCAUGUGUGAAUGGGGUGAUAGUCGUGAUUUUCCUGUAACGGAUGAACAAACCCGGGGCCCCGAUGUUCACGUCGCAUACGAAGGCCCGUAUCGCGCUGUUCAGACGACGGUAGGAUAUCAGAAUCUUGAGAGGGCGCCGUAUUGCGAGCACCUGCGAACGCGGAGCGAGAGCAUCCACCCAUUGACAGCUAGAGUCAGUGUUGCCGCGAAAUUGUCCAGCAACGACGACAGUGAAGAUCAUAUGCCAACAGAGGCAUUGAACUACCAAGAAUUCCCAAAGCAUUUUUUUGAGCAUCGAACGGGGUACACUUGGCUUGGGCGGGAUUACGCUGGGGAUUUGUACGACAGCCCAGUGCCGUCAGGUGCAGUGGUACCGCAGUUUUAUGGGUACUACCAAGCGGACUGGAGAGACGAGAACAACAAAAAUUUGAAGGGUAAGAGGGAGCAUCUGAGUUCUAUUUUGUUGCUCGAAGACUGUGGCACGCCCAUCAAUCCAGACGAAAUGACUGUGGAUGACCGAAACGAGUGCGCCUCGCUAUUUAUUCGGAUGCAUGCAGUGGGAUGGAUCCACAACUCCAUCUUCAAAAGAAAUAUUGUACGUCAGCCCGGCCCUUUGAGCGAGCAUCCUGUGAUCAGGAGAAGCCAGAGUGAGCGCCAGGGCCAUGGCGCGCAUGAACUGCGUUCGAGUUUCCGGCUCAUUGAUUUUGGAAGAUCGUUUCCGAAUGCGCGCAAACGCUCAUUCUCUGACUACAUGAGUGAGGAAAGAAAAAUGACAAAAUGGCUCUUUCAGGGACAGCUGCUCUAA